AGAUGACGGAUAUGGGGCUCAUGGCAUAUUAUCUCGGCAUCGAAGUAAAACAAGAAGACAAAGGAAUUUUCAUCACCCAAGAAGGCUAUGCCAAAGAAGUCCUUAAGAAGUUCAAGAUGGAUGACGCCAAUCCAGUUGGCACCCCGAUGGAAUGUGGCAGCAAGUUGAGCAAGCAUGAAAAAGGAGAGAAUGUGGAUCCAACUCUUUACAAAAGUUUGGUUGGAAGUUUACGUUACUUGACAUGUACAAGGCCGGAUAUUCUCUAUGUUGUAGGAGUAGUAAGUCGCUACAUGGAAGCUCCAACCACAACUCACUUCAAGGCGGCAAAGAGAAUCCUUCGAUACAUCAAAGGUACAACAAACUUUGGCUUGCACUAUUACUCUUCUGACAAUUAUAACAUUGUUGGCUAUAGUGAUAGCGAUUGGAGUGGAGACUUGGAUGAUAGAAAGAGCACUACUGGUUUUGUGUUCUUUAUGGGAGAUACUGCUCACUUGGAUGUCAAAGAAGCAACCAAUAGUCACACUAUCAACUUGUGAAGCCGAGUAUGCCGCUGCCACAUCAUGCGUUUGUCAUGCAAUUUGGCUAAGGAACUUGUUGAAAGAGUUAAAAA